UCUAAAAAUAUUUGAUCAAACCGUCUCAGUUGUCGGUGAGGCCGGCUGGGCGGAUCCCACGGUAUUGAAAGAGAAAAUAUAGCAACACGAUAAAAACACCUUGGAUAUUCAAUUUCUCUGGUGAACAAGCUUUCUUGUGGAUACAUAGAGCAUAAAGAUGCCCGCAGCGAUGAACGGCAACAGGACAGUGCAGUCGGCCAGCCCGGACGUGGGAUCCACUCCUGGACAGAUCACCCUGGGUGGAGGGCAGUCCUCUGGGGCCCAGACGGAGGCCAUGAAGCAGGUCCUUGGCGUCAUCGAUAAGAAGGUCCGCAACAUGGAGAAGAAAAAGGGCAAGCUGGACGAUUAUCAAGCCAAGAAAAAUAAAGGGGAGCGUCUCAACCAGGACCAGCUGGAUGCCCUGACCAAGUAUCAGGAAGUGACUAAUAAUCUGGAGUUUGCCAGAGAGCUUCAGAAGAGCUUCCUCGCACUGGGGCAAGACAUCCAGAAGGCAGUGAAGAAGGCAGUGCGGCGGGAGCAGCUCCAGAGAGAGGAGGCUGAGCAGAAGAGACUGAAGACUGUGCUGGAGCUACAGUUCCUCCUGGACAGGCUGGGAGAGGACAGUGUAAGGCAGGAGCUGAGACAGGGGACCACCGGGGGAGGCACACCCUCACUCCUCACAGACUCAGAGCUCACCACCCUGGAUGAGCUUUACAAACUGGUGGGGCCAGAACGAGACCAAAACACCAGGUUGUCUGACCAGUACGAAGAGGCUUCUCAACACCUCAUGGAUCUGUUGGAAGGGAAGGACAAGGCUGUAGCAGGAACAACAUACAAAGCUCUGAAGGACAGCCUGGACCGGGUGCUGCUAAGCGGGUACUUUGACAAAGCCCAGUCCCACCAGAAUGGAGUGUGUGAGGAGGAGGAGGAUGAGGAGCAGCAGUUGGAGGCAGUAGUGGAGUCGGCAGAGGAGCAGACCGUCGACCAAGAGGGUGACAUAGUUGAAGAGUACAUAGAGCCCAUUAAGGUGGAGGCUACAGAGUUCGUAAACAGACAGUUCAUUCCAGACACCACGUACAGCAGCAGUGACAAGGAGAAAGGAGACAAGUGGAUGACAGAAACAGAGGUGGUGAGUGUCAUCCAGCAACAGCCUGUACAGUCAGCCCUUCCCCCCAAUGACUUGGAGACCCAUUCCCUGAACGUGGCCACACCCAAAGUCACACCCCCGGUGGUCAGGAAGCAGGCAGUCCAGGACCUCUUGUCACAGAUGCAGGGGCCUUACAACUUCAUGCAGGACUCUAUGCUGGAGUUUGAUGGCCAGCUCAUUGACCCAGCCAUCGUGUCAGCCCAGCCCAUGAAGCCUGCAGCUCAGAACAUAGACCUUCCUCAGUUGGGCUGUCCCCCAGUCCAUCUAAAAUCACGCCUCUCACCACACAACACCGUCCCGGUACAGCCUGAGCCCAUGCAGGUUCCCACGGUGUCCCCCACGCCUGAGUCGUACGCCACGCCGUGCCCCAUGUACCAGUCAUCACACACGCCAGAACCGCGCCCGCAUGCGGACUCCAUCGACACCAUCCAGGCGUCCAUGUCCCUGUCGUCAGAGCAGCAGCAGGUCUUCCAGUCUGUCAACGUCUCCAAACCCCCACACAUCUCCGGCAUCAAUGUCAAUGCAGCACCAUUCCAGUCCAUGCAGACAGUGUUCAACCUCAAUGCCCCUGUCCCGCCGGCCAAUGAGGCGGAAGCCUUGACCCAGGCCAGCCAAUACCAGAACAGCUACAGCCAGCAGGGGUUCAGCAGCCAAUCACAGCAGCUCCCUGUGGAGCAGACAGAGAUGCAGACGGAGCAGCUGCAGUCUGUGGUUGGUGCCUUCCAUUCCCAGGACCCAGCCCUGCCCAGCCAGGCCCUGCCCCAGGGGCAGCAGGGUCCAGGGUUCAUCCCCGCGGCUGGUCGCCAGGCCCAGUCCUUCUACAACAGCAGAGGCAUGACCCGCGGAGGCCCCCGUAACGCCCGCGGCAUGGUCAACGGAUACAGGGGCCCCUCCAACGGAUUCAGAGGUGGAUAUGACGGUUACCGGCCUCCCUUCGCCAACACUCCAAACUCUGGAUAUCAACAGGCUCAGUUCAACACCCCUCGGGACUACUCCAAUGGUGGCAACUACCAGCGGGGGGAUGGUUAUAAUCAGAACUACAAGCGUGGAGCAGGCCAGGGAUCCAGAGGGAUGUCUCGAGGAGGCAAUGCCCAGGCCAUGAGGUCCUGAUCGGGCCUGUGUUUGACUGUCCCAAUUCACCCCUUCCCCUUGGCCCUAACAUUUCAAUGUUUGCAGAAACGUCUGGUACGUAUAACGGUGUAGUGGUGGACUUAUUUACUUGGUUAUAUUUUUCCUGGGUGGGGCAAAUUGAAGGGUCAGGUCCGAGGUGGGGGGGUGGGGUAAGGAACGACUUGCACAGAUUUUGACUGACAACUUUCCACACCACACGAAAACAUUCAAGAUAUCCAGAAUGCAUUUUGCCCCAUCACUUUUAUUUGUCCUUUUUUGUUUCUCAUCAGUGGUAUUUUUUCCCUGGCUUUUGGAUCAAAGUAAUGCCUGCUUUGAUAUUGGAACAAAAUAUGAAUGGUUUAAAAUGAGACUGAGUACACAAGCCGAUCUGUAAAUCCUUAGUGUUACAAAUGGUUUUAAGCAAGCCUGUAAACUUGAAAGAUUUCGUUGAUUUUUUUUUUAUCAAAUAAAACAUGCCACUGCUGGUCUGAGCCCCUGGGAGUGUUUCUUUCCUUGCCCAGUCCCCCCCUUUUUUUUUUUUUGUUCACAUAUCAUCUUUGUUCUAAAAAGCAUUUUUGUUAUGUUUUUAAAAGAAGCUCCCAAUUCCUCAGUUUGUAAAUUGAUGUUGCCUCAAGAGUUUCAAUAAAGAUGUUGCAUUACCCAUGA